AUGACUGUGUCCUUCGAGGCGGCGAUACAGAGGAGGUGGCGGCUCUUGGGCACCAGCCGACUAGCCCGACUGAUCGCCAAGAUUGGGAUCACCACUCCCGCUACGCCUGCGACCGAAAGCAGGCCCGCCGACGAUGUGGCGGGAAAGACCACCGUGAUAACGACUGCAAGCACCCGCAGAGGUGCGCGAACUGCGCCGAACCCUUUCCGACAGACCGACCAUAAGGAGUACCCUGCCAGACCCAGGCGCUCACACGGCCAACUCGUGCGGCUCACCAAGAUCGAAAAGUACGCCGUAAGGAAUAUCGGUUCUCAGCAAUAUCAGCAAGUCAAUAUGGUUCUGGAAGGCGCCGAGAGUGACGAUGAUGCGCCGGAGGUCCGGCAGAGGACCCUCGACUGCAGCGUCGUGCUCGCCGACGCGGCUCACUCGUGCACUUCCACUGGAAACAUCUCCCCGGGAGUCGACGGCAUCACAGUUCGGAUGUUGCGUCGGAUCUGGAGCCACAUCGGCGAAGCGGUGAGGGAAUUGUAUAAGGGCUGCAUACACCAGGGCCACCACCCGGUCUGCUACCGCCUGGCGGAGGUAGUGAUGAUCCCCAAACCGGGCAGGAGGGACUUAUCUGCCCAAGAGGCUGGAGGCCCAUCUCCUCCUGGCCUGCCUCGGCAAGGACUCGAGCGUCUGAUAGCCCGCCGUCUGGCCUGGGUCGCGAUCACGCAAAGGGCCAUCCACAGCCAGCACGCGGUGGCCUGCCCAAAUGCUCAGCGCUCGACCUAG